CCCUGACSCUCCUGUCCCCCGUGUCCCCAGCUGGCGCGCCCCAUGGCCAUGGUGCCCAACAUCCCCGGCAUUCCCGGGCCCCCCAUCAACAGCGGCGGCUCCRUCUCACCCUCGGGGCUCCCCGUGCACUCCGAAGCCAAAAUGAGGCUCAAGGCCAGCCUGGCAGCGUCCUCGGCCCUGAACGGCGGCAGCGUGGCCAGCUCGGCCAGCAGCAUGGUGACCACACGGCCRGAGCAGAGCCAGGCCCUGGGCCAGCACCCCGACGCCCCUUCCCCAGCUCAGCCCCAGGUGUCCCCAGCCCAGCCCACCCCCAGCACGGGCGGGCGCCGCAAGCGGGCAGCGGACGAGGACCCGGACGAGCGGCGGCAGCGAUUCCUGGAGCGGAACCGCGCGGCCGCCUCGCGCUGCCGGCAGAAACGCAAACUCUGGGUGUCCUCCCUGGAGAAAAAGGCCGAGGAGCUGACGAGCCAGAACAUCCAGCUGAGUAACGAGGUGACACUGCUGAGGAACGAGGUGGCCCAGCUGAAGCAGCUGCUGCUGGCCCACAAGGACUGUCCUGUCACGGCCCUGCAGAAGAAGAGCCAGGGCUACCUGGAGAGCCCGAAGCCGAGCCCGGAGCCCGCGGGCUCCCCCGCUCCCGUCAUCCAGCACCGCAACGGGCUCCGUGCUCGCUCGGCCGCCGAGGCCGCGGCCACCUCGGCGCUGGCGCAGCUGGCCGGACAAAGGACAGAGCUGGCCGUGCCCGUGGCCUCGCCCGUCAUCGUGGCCCCCCAGGCGCAGUCUGCCGGCAGAUGAUGGCCCCGGGGCCCGGAGCAACCGCCCCGCCGCGGCCACGCACGGACUGACCCCGGCCCCAGCCCCGC